UGGAAUUCGCUGCUGGCCAAGGUAGUCCAAGCGACUUCGUAGGGGUCGUUUCAGAAGAAACUUGACAUAUUCUUAAGAACUAAGAACAGUACCUCACAAUGAUUUACCAACUUUUUUCUUCUACCUCUUUUAUCGUUAAUAUACAUAGGUUCCUGCCUGUAGAUAUCGGCGAUCCACUGCAACUAGAUACGGGAGCCCGUUAAGCGAAAGCUUCUUCUAUUCCAUCCGGAACCACUUGAACCAUUCCACCGCCAAAAUGAAUAAGGCGGUGGCGCUAUCUCGUUUGGUCAUACAGUCAGCUGAUGUUUCAAUUAAAUCUAGUAUGGUGAUUUGCCAUGGUUUGUUAGGUUCCAAGAAUAAUUGGAAGAGUAUUUCCAAUGCGUUUGCUCAGAAAAACUGUGGAACUAUUGUGACCGUUGAUUUGCGUAAUCACGGAAGUAGCCCACAUUCCGAUUAUAUGAACUAUUUUAAUAUGGCUGAAGAUAUACACAUGGUUGUAGAUGACCUCCGCCUGCGGAACGUAUGUUUGGUUGGGCAUAGUAUGGGUGGAAAAGCGGUUAUGUGCGCAGCUCUAAUGAAACCAGAAAGGUAUAAUAAGUUGGUUGUUUUUGACAUAUCCACGACACCAAAGCCUACCAUACAAUCUCUUUCUCCUAUAAUAAAUCUAAUGUCUUCUGUGGAUUUGAAAGCUUUGGGACACAAAUGUAAUGGGAAUAUAGGAAUGGUCCGUAAUUCAUUGAUGAAAGAAUGGGAUAAAACAAUCCCGAAUCCUACAAUGCGUGCGUUUCUUCUAACAAAUCUUGGAGAAAAAGAUGGAGAAAUAUUUUGGAAAGCGAAUCUUAAUGCAAUUAAAAGUUGUUGGAAUCAGAUAACAGGCUUUCCUACCGAAUUGAAGGGUCUUGUUUUCAAUCAACCUGUGCUGUUCGUUGCAGCAAGCGAUGGAAAGUAUUUAGGACAAUCAGAUUUACCAGCUGUACGCAAGUAUUUCCCUCAAUCAAAAAUUGUUCAAAUAGCUAACACUGGUCAUUGGGUUCACUUUGAUGCUCCAAAUACAGUGACCAACUUGAUUACAUCUUUUAUGCUAGAUAAAUCAUUUGAUCCUACCUCAUUCACAGAUGUUACAGAGAUCAAAUAACAACGAAAAUGGUGUACUGCAACCAUACAAUCGAUAAGAGAAGGAAUAUAAACUUAUUACUAUAGUUUUUGUCUCCGUUAAUUUUUUGAUUGUUGUUUAGUGAACUUGUCAUAAAGUGGUUUGGUGUUAUCCAUUUAUGGCAUUAAAAUUGUUUACAGAUCUGAGUUAUGUGACUGGCAUUUUAAAAUAAAUAAAUAAAUUAGUAAACUGUUUCAAAGUUGUUUCUGGGUUGUAAAGUGACGAAGAGGAUUUACAUCUAAUCUUCACAGGAAAUGUCUAGCGUCCAUUUCAUCUUACUCGUGAUUUGAAUUUUCGGUCAUGUUUAGUUCCAGAAUCUAAUAUAAGAGAAAACAGAUCUGCGAAUCCGUCAAAGAAAAUCAGCAAUAGAUCCACAACUACAAAUAAUUUAUAGUGUUAUCGUCUGGAUAAAAAAUUCUUGACCAAGGUUAUGCUGGCUGAGACAUUUAUACCUG